AUGGACUUCUACGACGACGACGACGACGACAAUCUCAUUACCGAAUGGUGGGAUCAAGAGGAGUUAUCUGACGAUGAUGACUACUACAUUGUAGCUGCUCUUCUUACGGACAUAGAGCAUAAGAGGACCAAAAGAAAGCGUCGUGGUUCAGUCCCAGCUCGUGAGAUAAUUCAUAGGGACAGGUUUGCUGGCAAUUUGCGCAUAGUGGCUGAUUAUUUUGCAGAUCCUCCUGUAUAUAAUGCAAAAUUAUUUAGGAGGAGGUUCAGAAUGUCAAGGGAGCUCUUCUUGCGCAUCGUGGCUAGUGUGGAGGCUCACGAUGACUACUUCAGGCAGAGACCGAAUGCAAUGGGUCUUCUCGGUGCUACUGCACUACAGAAGGUGUAUGGUGCAAUUCGCAUGCUUGCAUAUGAUAUUCCAGCCGAUAGUCUUGAUGAAGUCGUGAGGAUUUCAGAGAGCACCAUGAUAGAAGCUUUUAAGCACUUUGUCAAGGCUGUGGUAGAUGUGUUUUCUGAUCAGUAA